GACGUGUGUUCCACAAAAAUAUCAACACAACCCACCUUGCAAUAAAUUUCGCAGCUAAAGGGCAAUAGUGUGACGUGGCGGCCCGGGGAGGAAGAGGGAGGGCGCGCUCUGAGGAUAUUUACACAACCGCUUCUGUGAUGGAGAGUCCAGGCCGAGCAGAGCAAGAUAGAUAGCAAGCUUCGAAAGCUAGCUCCCUCCUCGCGGCAGGCUCCACCAUCAGCCACGGCCGCGGCCGCGCAGCACAGCCCCCUCCUAGAAGCAUCCUGAGGCACGCGCCAGCAGUGCACGGCAUGCAGGAGUUCCAGCCAAUCGCCGGCCUGGCCGGGCGGCUGUUUGGCGGCGCGGCGGAAUCGGCGGGCCUCCUGCGCCGCGGCGGGGCGGCGGCGGCGGCGCAGGAGGAGGUGCGGUGCCCGCGGUGCGACUCGGCCAACACCAAGUUCUGCUACUACAACAACUACAACCUCUCGCAGCCGCGCCACUUCUGCAAGGGCUGCCGCCGGUACUGGACCAAGGGCGGCCUCCUCCGCAACGUCCCCGUCGGGGGCGGUUGCCGCAAGCCCAAGCGAAAAGCCGCCGCCGCCUCCGACGUCGACAAGGACGUCUCCAGCGUCAAUACUGAGGCCAAGAACGCACGCUCUGGCUCCAGUGCUGGCAGCUCCAGCCUCACCUCCGGUCCCUCGUCCGCGUCGACGAACACCGUCAACGACGUUGGUGCAUGUGCCGCGGCCCACUCGAGCGGCGGAAGCACGCCGUUCAGGGGCUUUGGCCCAAGCACCUUCAUGGCGGACGCGCCGACUCUGCAGCCGCCGGCGCCGAUGUUCGCCGACCAGGCGGCCGCGUUCGCGACGCUCUUCGGGACGCCGCUUCCGGCCUUCACCUUCGCGGCGCAGCACAAGGCCGAGGACGACGUUGCCCCUGCAGUCACACUCACAGAGCAGUCGUCGUCGGCGACUUCCACCGCAGACAUGGUGCCGUUCUCCGCACGGUCAACUGGCGCAGCGACGGCAUCAGCGUCAGACUGGCCACCGGCGACGAUGAUCGACGCCGGGAUAUUCGACCUCGCCGGCGCCGUCGGGAGCGACACGACGUCGUACUGGAACACGGCGAGCUGGACGGACCCGGACGGGACCGUGUACCUGCCCUAGCGCGCCGCCCGCUCAGUCAUGGUCGCUUGCUCGACCUUCGACUUGUCUAAUCGUAACCACCGCUCUCUUAAUCUAUACUCUCAGUGUGCCGGCAGCUUGGCUGCUUCUGUGAUUCUUUCGAUGGGGCAGUUUUUGCACACUUGUGCAAAGCAAAUUAUGUCUGAACUUCGGUUUAAUUAUUACUACGGGUUUGUUGAAACCAGUAAGCAGUGUAAAUAUCAUGAUCAGUACUCCUAAUUAUAACUUGGACGGUGUGGACUGCACUCGGCUAGCUCUCUA